AUGAUGCCUGCAAGUCCCUCCCCUCUGGGUGCCUCGGUGCUUCUGAAUAGGGCUGAGAUGAGCAAUGACAACAGGCACUGAAGCUGAGACCAAAACAUACUGCCCCAUAGAGCUGAGCUCUGGAUGAAGCAUCAAUACCGGAGAGCAGCUCACUACCCACCGCAGGGAACAUUCCAUCCGCACAAGGGACAAUAAAGAACAGUUCUCCUCUUUAUUCUCUGCAUCUGCAAAGUGUUACACUGGAGGAUCAAUGAAUAUUGCACCAUCAGGUUCAGCAGUGGGACAUUCCUGAUCCAGCAGAGAGAGAGUGUCUUUAGGGCAAGGAGUUUCAUUCUGAAAAGAUGGUUCAUUCAUUCAUAUGCUCUUGGGUCUUCCCACUGAUUCUCUUCCAAUGGCUUGGAACUACGUUAUCACUGAAUCUUGAGGAUCCCAAUGUGUGCAGCCAUUGGGAAAGCUAUUCUGUUACUGUUCAGGAAUCCUAUGCACAUCCAUACGACCAGGUUUAUUACACCAGCUGCACCGACAUAUUGAACUGGUUCAAGUGCACACGGCACAGAAUAAGUUAUCGCACUGCAUAUAGAAGGGGAGAGAAAACAAUGUACAGGCGCAAGUCCCAGUGCUGUCCUGGAUUUUAUGAAAGCAAAGAGAUGUGUGUUCCUCACUGUGCUGAUAAAUGUGUCCAUGGAAGAUGCAUUGCUCCCAACACCUGUCAGUGUGAGCCAGGGUGGGGAGGACCCAACUGCUCCAGUGCUUGUGAUGUUGACCAUUGGGGGCCACAUUGCAGCAGCCGCUGUCAGUGUAAAAAUGGAGCCUUGUGCAACCCCAUUACUGGAGCCUGUCACUGUGCUUCUGGCUAUAAGGGCUGGCGAUGUGAGGAGCGCUGUGACCAACGGACUUAUGGGAAUGAUUGCCAACAAAAAUGCCAGUGCCAAAAUGGAGCCACCUGCGAUCAUGUAACUGGUGAAUGCCGUUGUCCUCCUGGUUACAAUGGGGCUUUCUGUGAGGACCUGUGUCCUCCUGGGAAGCAUGGCUCUCAGUGUGAAGAAAGAUGUCCAUGUCAGAAUGGUGGUGUGUGCCAUCAUGUAACUGGAGAAUGCUCCUGUCCUGCCGGCUGGAUGGGCACAGUCUGUGGCCAGCCAUGCCCUGAGGGUCGUUAUGGGAGAAACUGUACACAGGAAUGCCAAUGCCAUAAUGGAGGAACAUGUGACUCUGCUACAGGGAAAUGUUACUGCAGUCCGGGAUACAAUGGAGAGAGGUGCCAGGAAGAGUGUCCUGUUGGCUCAUAUGGAGUAAAUUGUGCCCAAACCUGUCAGUGUUUAAAUGGUGGGAAAUGUUACCAUAUCAGCGGUGCGUGUUUCUGUGAACCUGGUUAUACAGGGGAGCGAUGUGAGACAAGACUGUGCUCUGAAGGGACUUAUGGGAUUAAAUGUGACAAGACGUGCCCCUGUCAUUUACAGCACACACAGAGCUGUCAUCCUAUGUCUGGAGAAUGCGCCUGUAAGCCUGGAAGGUCUGGUCUCUACUGCAAUGAGACCUGCUCUCUGGGCUACUAUGGAGAGUCCUGUCAGCAGAUCUGCAGCUGCCAGAAUGGGGCAGACUGUGAUAGCGUGAUGGGGAAAUGCAUCUGUGCUCCUGGUUUUACGGGUGUGGACUGUUCAACAGCUUGUCCCCCUGGUACCUAUGGCGUUAACUGUUCUUCUCUGUGCAGCUGUAAGAACAAUGCUGUUUGCUCACCAGUGGAUGGUUCUUGUACAUGUAAAGCAGGGUGGCAUGGGGUAGAUUGUUCCAUAAACUGCCCUAGAGGAUCUUGGGGUCUUGGAUGCAACCUUACCUGCCAGUGCCUGAAUGGAGGGGCCUGUAACCCACUGGAUGGAACCUGCACCUGUGCUCCAGGCUGGAGAGGGUUCAAAUGUGAACUGCCAUGUCAGGAUGGAACCUAUGGAAUGAAUUGCAUUGAACGCUGCGACUGUAGCCAUGCAGAUGGCUGUCACCCUGCUACUGGAUUUUGUCGCUGUCUGGCAGGGUGGGCAGGAAUGCACUGUGACAGUGUGUGUCCUGGAGGACACUGGGGACCAAAUUGUUCUCUAUCUUGUAACUGUAAAAAUGGUGCCUCAUGCUCACCAGAUGAUGGGAUCUGUGAAUGUGCUCCUGGAUACCGAGGAACGACAUGUCAGAGAAUUUGUUCUCCAGGGUUUUAUGGACAUCGGUGCAGUCAAGCUUGUCCUCAGUGUGUCCAUAGCAAUGGUCCUUGUCAUCAUGUAACUGGCCAGUGUGAUUGUUUAGCUGGCUUCAUGGGGUCUCUCUGCAAUGAAGUUUGUCCCAGUGGUCGUUAUGGGAAGAAUUGCGCUGGAGUUUGCACAUGCACAAAUAAUGGCACAUGCAAUCCUAUAGAUGGAACCUGCCAGUGCUACCCUGGAUGGAUAGGGAAUGACUGCUCCCAGGCUUGUCCUCCUGGUCAUUGGGGGCCAAACUGUAUCCACACCUGUAACUGCCAUAAUGGAGCCUACUGUAGUGCAUACGAUGGAGAGUGCAAAUGUUCUCCUGGCUGGACAGGGCUGUACUGUACUCAAAGGUGUCCUCUAGGGUAUUAUGGAAAAGAGUGCACAUUGGUAUGCCAGUGUCAGAAUGGUGCUGAUUGUGAUCAUAUAACUGGCCAAUGUACCUGUCGCACAGGAUUUAUGGGGAAAUUCUGUGAGCAAAAAUGUCCAUCAGCAUCCUAUGGAUAUGGUUGCAGACAGGUUUGUGACUGCCUCAACAAUUCCACAUGUGACCACAUCACAGGGACAUGUUAUUGCAGCCCAGGAUGGAAAGGAGCAAGAUGUGACCAAGCUGUAAUGAUUGUAGUAGGAAACCUGAACAGCCUGAGCCGGACAAGCACUGCCAUCCCUGCUGAUUCCUACCAGAUUGGAGCCAUUGCUGGAAUCAUUGUCCUUGUGUUGGUUGUCCUUUUCCUGUUAGCUCUCUUCAUCAUCUAUAGACAAAAACAAAAGGGUAAAGAUACAGCAAUGCCUGCUGUGGCCUACACACCUGCUGUACGAGUCCUGAGCACAGACUACACCAUUGGAGACACUCUUCCACACAACAACGGAGUCAAUGCAAAUAGUCAGUAUUUUUCAAAUCCGAGCUACCACACUCUGAGUCAGUGCACCACUGGGCCGCAGGUCAACAGCAUGGACAGAAUGAUUGUUUCCAGGUCAAAAAGCAGCCAGAUUUUUGUGAACCUAAAAAACCUAGAUCCAGGGAAGAGAUCACACACUAUUGAUUACACUGGAACCCUACCAGCAGACUGGAAGCAAGGAGGAUUUCUGAAUGAAAAUGGUCUACUGAAAAAUUCUGCUUAUAGCAUAAGUACCUGUUCCGUGAGUAGCAGUGAAAAUCCUUAUGCUACUAUAAAAGAUCCACCGGUCCUUCUGCCGAAAAACACUGAGUGUGGAUACGUGGAGAUGAAGUCACCAGCACGAAGGGACUCUGCAUAUGCAGAGAUCAGCAAUUCAAGCCUAGCCAACAAAAAUGUUUAUGAAGUUGAACCCACUGUGAGUGUCGUCCAUGGAGCUUUUUGUAAUAAUGGAAAAAUCAGCCAAGAUCUUUACGACCUUCCAAAGAACAGCCACAUUCCAUGUCACUAUGACUUACUACCAGUUCGAGAGAGCUCAUCUUCCAAUAAGGAUGAAAGUACCAGUGAAUGACAAAAGUGAUCUAUCAAAUAGCAGUUUCCCUGCAGCAGAACUAUGUGCUGAAAUUCUUGAGACUGAUGCCCAAUGGAGACACUGCUUCCUUUAAAUAAAAAUUUCACAGAGCAGGUGGGCUGAAUGUUUACCUUGACAAAGGUCAUUGAUGGACUAGUGACCUGAAGACAUGGGUGACGUAAUGUUACUCAAAUAACCUGAGAGUUAGAAGCGGCACAAGAAACUAUUAUUUGUAUGCUCUAUCUCAGCAAGCUGAAGUUUUUCACUAGGUCUCCGUAUAGAACAAUAAUGAUUUGCAGGUACAAUUCUGUAUUAUAUUUUGUAGGUGCUUGUGUUCUUUCAUUUCUCUAUUUGUAAGAGAAAAAUUAUUAUGUUAAAUGUUCAUAUAUAUAUAUAUUUUUGCACUGACCUGAAGGUGUCCUGUGGUUAACCAGAAGCCAGUGAUCUUUGUUCAGAACUGGAAUAAUGCAAUCAUACCGAAAAUGUGACUGCUGUGUACUAUGCAACAUACAGCUGAAUACAAACCAGGAAAGCAAUCUCAAGUCCGUUUUCCUGCUGAUGAUUUGUGGGAUGAGGUUUUAUUAAGAAAAGAUUUUCAUGAACCUGCAAUUGACUAUUCUAGUUUAUUAUGUACUCAGAGUUUAUUUUUAUCCCCAGAUCCAUUUGUCCACCAGAUAAUAGUGAUGAUUUUAUAAGUUCCCAUUUCAUACUACAGAAGAACUACUUGGCACCCAUUACAAGUGAGACAAUAUAACAAGGUGCCACACUGACUAAUAAUACCCUGCAGGAUAUUCUUUAAUGCACUACACAAUAAUCUUAUUUUAUUUUUUUUAAACCGCUAUGUACCUUUCUUGUUAUAAAUGAAAGAGAAACAAAAUGGGGUACCAUAGGCUACUGAACUUCUGAAAACCUUUGAAUAGGACCCCAAAAUGAUACAAAAAAGGCCACAUUUCACUGAGAACACGGGUGCAUAUCAGAAAUAUUUUUUUUUUGUAGACAAAAUUCCUAGUAUUUAGUCUUUAUUUCUCGAGUGGGCGUGUAACUAAGCAGAUAAUGGGGUGAGAGUUUUACAUAAGCAGUGUUGAAUUGAGUUUGGUAGGCAAGUGGUAAUAUGUAUUGUAAUAUAUAAAAUAAAUAGUGAUGUGUAGAAUAUUUCAAAGUUAGGACAACUGAUUAAUCUCUGUGCAUACUUGCUGAGAAAGGCACCUUUUUUCAUUUUUUAAAUAGUCUUUUUAGAGGCUACAUGCUAAAGCGGGUCUUUUGCAUAUUGCUAAUAAUGUUAUUAUCGAUACCACUAUUUUUUUAGUACAACGAACCUUCAUUUGAAUAUUUUGUACUGGUUUCAUUUCAUGGGUUUGUGUGUAAAUAGGCCAUUAUGCAUUGAACUAAAAGUUGAAACAGAACUAUCCAUAAGCGUGUGUAAGUAUGAUCACAACCCUGGUAUUUUAGUCUAUAUGUGACUUUUGAGCUUUUUGCCAAAACAUUAUUGAUGUUUUUCCUUUCCUGUUAUAAAAACAUUUUAGUUGUUCUGCUGGAAAGAAUUAUUUUUGUAAAUAUGCCCAAUUUUUUUUAACAAAAUUAUUAGAUUCAUUUAAGAGUAGACAAGUUUAGUGAACAAUGUUAUUUUGCAAAAAAAAAAAAAAGGUACCUCCGACAUCUGAAAUACAUGGAACUACAGAAUUACUGCCACAAACAUUAGAAAUCUGCUCUUUUUAAUGUUGUACGAAUCUCAAUCUUUUCUGUGCUUUGCACGUGUCUAGGGCCCAGUUACUGAACAGCUGCAAUAGAAAGGGAGAGAGGCCUAGAACUCUAGUAUACUAAGUCUUAGUAAUUUGCAGCUUUGUCUAUCCAACCGUAUAAAUCCUACCUAUGUUCUUGUUGUACAGUAAAUGUGGAAAUAAAAUGUUAUCACAAGACCAUGUAUUUCCUCUGUAUACACAGUACAGCUUAUUUUGUUAAUCUACGCUAUUCUAUUGUAAACACGGACAACCAUUAAUCUUGUCAACAAAAAAAGAAACAGUUGAAAUUCUACAAUUUUUGUACUUAUUAAAUACAAUAAAAUGUUUAUUACU